AUGAGAAGAAAUCAAUGGAUGCUGUCCCUGCUGGGACUCUCCACGGCGGCCGCAAGAGCCCGCAUCACCGACAGCCACCUCCGGCUCCUGCAGCACCUGCACGGUAACGACGUUGCCGCCGACUAUCGUGAGGCUCAGACUCCUCCUCCUCCGUCAGUAUAUACCCGGACAAACCAUGAUUCGGGUCUCCAUCGCUUCCUCUACAACGACACGGAGAAAUUCGCAGUCAACGGCACGGGCAUUCCAGAGGUCAAUUUUGACAUUGGCGAGUCGUACGCCGGGCGUUUGCCCAUCAGCGACUCCAAGGACGAGAGAGACAGCCUCUUCUUCUGGUUCUUUCCCACCGACAACGAUGAGCACAAGAAGAAAAAGGAGAUAACACUCUGGCUCAAUGGAGGCCCCGGAUGUUCGUCCCUCCUAGGUCUGCUCCAGGAAAACGGCCCCUUCGUCUGGCACCCUGGCACCUUGAAGCCAGUCCGGAAUCCCUGGAGUUGGCAUCACCUCACGAACAUCGUCUGGGUUGAGCAGCCCGUGACUGUCGGGUUUUCCACUGGAAACACGACGAUCCGCAACGAGGACCAGCUGGCCGAUCAGUUCCUCGGGUUCUGGAAGAACUUCAUCACGGCCUUUGGCAUGCAAGGCUACAAGGUGUACGUGGUUGGUGAGUCGUACGGCGGAUAUUACGGCUCCUACAUUGCCAGCCACUUUGUCAACGCCAACGACACCCAGUACUACAAUCUCCAAGGCAUGAUGGUGGUUGACGGCAUCAGCUUCGACGGAGACGUCCAGUCCGAAGCCAUUGCCGAGACGUUCGUCGAGCAAAACUACAACCUGAUGCCCCUUGACGACCGCUUCCGGGCCCAGGUGCACAACACAUCGGAGCACUGCGGCUACAGAGACUAUGUCGAGAAGUACUACGUCUAUCCCCCUGCUGGGAGGCAGCCCUCGUUUCUUCCUUGGCAGCAGAGGCUCGCCAACGGCACCGUCACCUACAGAGACGGCUGCGGCAGCUUGUGGUCAGACAUCUACAAGCGCGUCAGGAAGGACAACCCCUGCUUCAACAUUUACAACAUUCUGGACCACUGCCCGGAUCUAUUCGACCCCCUCGGUAACGACCCCUACUUCAACCGUGUCGACGUCAAAAAGGCCAUCCACGCACCUCUCUCGGUGCAGUGGAGCGUGUGCGUCAACACGGCCUUUGUCAAGGACGACGAAUCCCUCCCCCCGUCCAAAUACGAGCUCCCCAACGUCAUUGACAAGACCAGAAAUGUCAUGUACGUCCAGGGCGGCGUCGACUACAUUCUCCCGGCAAACGGAGUCCUGCUUGCCGUCCAGAACAUGACCUGGGGCGGCAAGAUGGGAUUCCAGUCUCGUCCCACCGACCCCUUCUACGUUCCGCGAUACAGCAAGGGCAAAGGCAGCUACGGCACCAGUCUCCCAGACAAAUCCGGCGUUGUGGGAACCUCUCACCAUGAGCGUGGCUUCACAGUGGUCGUCACCGGCCUUUCUGGCCACGAGGGACCGCAGUAUGCAUCUACCGCUGCCUUCAGGCAGUUGGAGAAGCUCCUGGGUCGCGUACACAGCCUGAGCGACACCACGCCCUUUACACUACCGCAGCUGAGAAACGUGACACAGGACGAGCAGCCCUUGGGCAAAGGCACUUUUCCCAUUCCCUGGGUCUACACCGGCUGA